GCGGAAGCUCGGCGGAGGCCGGCGGAAGCAAGAGGCGAUGUCCCAAAGGAGGUGAGACGGCAUGUGUUUGGUGUCAGGGUUUUUCGGGAAGAUCGUCCACACGUGGCAGCCAUAGGUGCCUGCACAGUAUGUCCAGAGGCCUGCCACCGGAUCUCAUAAUGCAGAGCAUGCCCCCUCCACUGACGAAUCAUUCAGAAGUGGAGGCCCGGGCCGUCCACCUCCGAGGUCUUGGACCCUCCCGGCUGGGUAGAGAGUACCAGUCCAGGAAGCAAUGGCCGAGGCGGGGAACGCCUACAACGGCCAGAUCAAGGACGGCCUCUUCCACGGAAGGGGUACCCUCGUCUACGCCGGCAACGAGCGCUACGAGGGCGAGUGGAUCUACGGCAAGCGAGAGGGCACCGGCAGAUUCACGUACGCCGACGGUGCUGUGUUCGACGGCCAGUGGGUGGAGGACCGGAUCCACGGCCAAGGCAUCGCCGUCUUCGCGUCGGGCAACCGAUACGAAGGUUCGUGGGAGAACGGUCGCAUACACGGAUACGGCACGUUGACCUAUUCCAACAAUGACCAGUACGACGGAGAUUGGCACGACGGGAAGAUGCACGGCCGCGGCACCUACCGCUACUCGGAGGGCGACGUGUACCAGGGCGAGUGGCUGGACGACAAACGUCACGGCAAGGGUGUAGUCACGUAUGUCAGCGCGCGGGGCAGCGUCGUGGAGAAGUUCGAGGGCGAUUGGGUGGCUGGCAAGAUGCACGGGCAGGGGAAGUACCAGUACGCGGACCAGGGCGUGUACGAGGGCGAUUGGUACGAUGGAAAGAUGCAUGGGAAGGGCAUCUACGUCUUUCCGAACGGGAACACGUACGAUGGCGAGUGGGUCAACGACAUGAAGGAGGGAUAUGGCACCUUGACGUACCAGAACGGGGAGAAGUACGACGGGUACUGGAAGGCCGACAAGGUGCACGGCAAAGGCACGCUCAUCUACACCUACGGCGACAAGUUCGUCGGGGACUGGUGCGACGCGAAGAAGGAGGGCGAGGGCGAGCUGAUCUACUCGAACGGCGACCGCUUCAAGGGGCAGUGGAAGGACGACAGGGCGUGCGGCUUCGGUCAGUUCGUCUACGCGAACGGCAACGUGUACGAGGGCCAGUGGCUCGACGACAAGCGCCACGGCAGGGGGCAGUUCAACUGCGCCGAGGACGGGUCCGCCUACGACGGCGAGUUCGUGGCCGGGCGGAAGGAGGGCAGGGGCGUGCUGAAGCAGCGGGAAGGGCACGUCCUCAGCGGCGUGUGGAAGCAGGGCGAGCUGGCGCAGGUCGUGGAGUACGUCUUCGCGGCGGACUCUCCGUGGAAGAACCCCGACCUGUGAGCCACCGAAGGUCAGCACAGCCAGGCCCUCGCCUGGCACCAGCCCUCCCACGCCGUGACCUCCGAUGAUCCCCAGGAUGCGUCUUGGCCAAACGUGUGUCAACCCCGCUCGGCCUGUGGCCGCCAUCGCAACACCGCCUGCGUCGCAUUGAGCGGCGUCGGUGGGCAAGCACGCGUUGGCGCUGCCGCUCGUGCGGAGGGUCCUUGAGACCUUCUCGUCGUCCCAUGGGCCCGAGAGCGCACGACACCUUCGCCUGAGAUCAGCCUCUCGCGCCCUCUGGUCGCCCUCCGAUCUGGGCGCCGAGGGCCCCAACG